CCUCUUCUCCUUUUCGCAUCUCAUUUUCAAUGUAUUGGCGCUGUCAAACUCGUAUUUAAAAAAGUCUAGUAAAUUUCUUGUACAUUAUCAACUUUCGUUAUGAACAUUUGUUAUAUUUUGUAAAACAAAAUUAAAGAAUUUAUAAUGAACGUAAAUGAGAGCAGUACGCUUGUUUUACAUACUGAAAGCUUCAAAAAAUUUGUUAGAGCAAAAGAGGAAGAACUUUUGCAGAUACGUCGUUUGCGUCUAAUAAUUAACAUAUUGAGUUCCAUAGACGUCAAUGAUAUAAAAGUGGUCUUCUCAGCGAAAAGUGAUGAACCGGCGAAUAAAUUGAAUAUUGCAAGAGCUUUUAAAAUAUUACCAUUAAUGGAGUUUUUACAUUUACCUAAUAGAGAAACCGCAACGAUCUUAGAUUUGUCUGAACUAAACAAUAUCAACCUUUCCUAUACAGAACGCAAAGUAAUUCUCACACAUUUUCCACAAGCUGCUACAAAAUAUAUGCAGCCAAUUCUAGAAUUGGGCGCUGAAAUACGUACAGGUUUUCCAGAAAUGUUCGAAAGAACCACAUUGGAACCUGCAAUUGAAACAACAAUAGAAAAUAGAAGUGCGCUUGUAAAUUCAGCGAACAGCGAAGUAUUAGUAACUAAUUUCACUACUUUAGAGACUUCAUUUUAUUUAUUAAUGGAACUGAUUUCCAAACGUACAGAGUUAAUGAAAAGAUUAGUUACGUUGCAGAACGAAAAGUGUGCUUAUCUCAACAGUGUGGCGGCACUCAAAACUGGUCCAUAUUUUUGCAACGAAGUGGAAUUGCUUCACGCUGAGGCACGGUACAAUGAGCAAAAAACAAAUUUCUUACGUUCCUUAAUGGUACACGAAUUUACAAAGUGCAGUGCGGAUAGCAUGGAGGCGAUUAAGGAAAUAGAAAAGUACACUAAAGAAUCCGUAGCAAAAGUGAAAAACGAAGUAAUCUAAAGGAUACCAGUUUAUGUAAAAUUUAUUAUAUUAGCAAUUUUACUUUGAAUAAUUUUUUGUGUUACAUUUACAGUUCAACUAAUGAAAAAGACUAAAUAUAAAUAUUUCAAUUG